ACAAGAACCCGAGUGGCCACUGGGAGAUUACACGUUCCCACCAGUCAGGCAGCAGGUGCACACAGCGCAGUAGGUGAACUUCCCCCAACCCCUGGGCCAUGCACACCCUGCCUUUGCCUCCAGCCAGCUGCUGCAGCCCUUACAGGCUGUUUCCUUUACACUACAAGGCAGAGAGAGUGGCUUAACAGGAUGGAACUGGAGCAGACAGUCAAUGAGGCGAGAGAAGAGAGAGCAAAAACAAAAAACAAACAAGGACUCAGAACAAAGCCUUGUGCAGGUGUGGACAUCCCCCGAUCCUGGGUGAAAUGGCUCCCAGCAGCACUGAAUCCAUCGCCUGGGCCACACUUGCUACGUGCUCUGAAACCUGAUUUCCUGAGACCUUUGCUCAGAACACUCAGUGCCCCCCACACUCCCAUUCCUCACCACUGCUCUGCUGCCUGAUCAGUCAGACUCCAUUACUUUCUGCUACAAUCACAGUGAGCCUACAGCUGAGUAGGGGGUGAAAAAAGAAAGACAGGAUGAACUCCAACCUGAGAAUGGCUGUGACUUUGGAAGAAGCUCCGUGGUUGGGCUGGAUCUUGGUGAAAGCCCUGAUGAGGUUUGCCUUCAUGGUCGCCAACAACCUGGUUGCUAUUCCAUCUUACAUCUGCUAUGUAAUUGUGCUUCAGCCCCUUCGAGUGCUGAACAGUAAGCGGUUCUGGUAUAUUGAAGGAAUCAUGUACAAAUGGCUUUUAGGAAUGGUGGCUUCCUGGGGAUGGUAUGCUGGAUAUACAGUGAUGGAGUGGGGGGAAGAUAUUAAAGCAAUUUCAAAAGAUGAAGCAGUAAUGUUGGUGAAUCAUCAGGCAACAGGAGACGUGUGCACUCUGAUGAUGUGCCUGCAGGACAAAGGACUGGUUGUUGCUCAAAUGAUGUGGUUGAUGGAUCAUAUUUUUAAGUACACAAACUUUGGAAUUGUUUCUCUAAUUCACGGAGACUUCUUUAUAAGACAGGGAAAAUCUCAUCGUGACCAACAGCUUCUUCUUCUCAAGAAGCACCUGGAAAAUAAUUACAGGAGCAGAGAUCGAAAGUGGAUUGUUCUGUUUCCAGAAGGCGGCUUCCUCAGGAAGAGGCGAGAAACCAGUCAGGCAUUUGCCAAGAAAAACAACUUGCCAUUUCUUACACAUGUCACUCUGCCAAGGAUUGGGGCAACAAAAAUUAUUUUGAGUGCACUUGUAGCACGACAGGAAAAUGGAAGUCCAGUAGGAGGAGAUGCUAAAGAAUUAGACAGCAAAUCAGAAGGCCUCCAGUGGAUAAUAGAUACAACCAUAGCUUAUCCCAAAGCUGAACCCAUAGAUAUUCAAACCUGGAUCCUUGGAUACAGGAAACCAGCAGUCACACAUGUACAUUACAGGUUGAUGGUUAGAAAAGUGAUACUUGAAGCCCACCCCAUAGAGAGAAAGAUCUUUCCAGUUAAAGAUGUACCCCUGGAGACUGAUGACCUUGCUGAUUGGCUCUAUCAACGUUUUAUUGAAAAAGAGGACCUCUUGUCACAUUUUUAUGAAACAGGGGCUUUUCCACCUCCCAAGGGCCAUAAAGAAGCUGUUUCCAGGGAUAUGACCCUGAGCAACAUGUGGAUAUUUCUCAUACAGUCUUUUGCAUUUUUGUCAGGCUACAUGUGGUACAACAUCUUUCAGUAUUUUUACCAUUGCCUGUUUUAGGAAUUGACUUGAACUUGUCAAGGUCACCACAGGAGUUCAGACUUUCAUAAGCGUGCAUUAUUUUACAUGCGCAAAACAGAAUAUUAAAAAAAAAAAGCAAAGGAAAUUCAAUGGAUGGACUAAUAUUUAUCCCCCUUUGGGAUAUUUUAAAACUCUACUAAAAUGAGGAUCAAUAAUAUAAUGACCUGCUAAUGUGUUUUAAGGACUUUUCAUGUUUUCAAAAGAUACACUCUACCACACAUUUAAGCAAACAUCACAUUUGGAGAAGAGGAAAUCAUAAAACCAUCCUAGGAGACUCUCUGAGAGAAAUACCUGAUAAUCUAGUUCAAACUCAGAGCAAGUUGUACGUAUUUGUUCCCCUUAGCUAGCAGUCUCUAUUAGGGCAGUGCCGUAGAGCGUGUCAUUUCCCCCAACCCUUGCUGUUCCUAGUGACCUUGCGGGAAGCUGGUUGGCACCUUCCGAAGAACUGUUCCCUGUUGUUUGUAGCGAUGCUGCAGUCCUCAGCAACUCUGUGAGGUUCGUUGUCAAGCAUGCCCUGGGCAGGGAAGCAGUGUCCAUGGGCGUAUUCUGGUACUGGAAUGUGUUCUUUAGAAAGACUAGCUCAGUCCAGUGCCGUGUUUACAUGCGCUAGGGCUUUUCCUUAUAUGAGGUGGGGUCGCUUGAUUUCUCCUCUUGUAUAGAAGACAUAUCAUAGAUUGAUACUUGUCUUUUACAAAAUGCACUUUUAUCAGAUGCAUCUAUAGGAAAGGAUUAGUAACGUAGCCUGAAAACAAACAUAAGCAUCAACAGUGAGUGGGGCCUCCAGAAGCUGCCUGUCUGCGUGUUCAUCUGUGUGCGGACGCUCUCCAGCACCACCUGCGCUGGGCACCACGCUGAGGCUUCUGUCCAGCCCAGAGCCUUUUUUCCCCCUCCAUUUUGCAUAUUAGCAUCAAAUGCAUUUGGGAUUGGUUGAAACAAAUUAAUGUAAAACAUUUAAAUGAUCAAUUUAUGGCAAAAUAGGCUAGCUUAUUGGAAAAGUAUGAGCCAGAGCCAGGUACUGGUUUAAAAUGGUGACAUGUUCUCCCAUGGCACCCCCAUUACCCAUGUUCCGUUAUCCCGUCAUGGAGCUGCCCGUGUCAGAGCGGUGUAACCAGGAGACAGACCAGCAAAAAGGCUUCCCAGUCUCUUCCGAUUGCUUUUGAAAGGACAAAGUCAGGUUUUUAGUUCUAGAAAACUUUUUUUAUUUGUCACUAUGUUCAUGUGGUUUACCUCACAAUAGAACCAAACUCUUCUCAAAAAGUACUGGCGCUGCCUCGGUCCGUCACCUGCGCUCCCAGUGUUAAGAGAGAGGGUAUUUUUGGGUUUGGGACUGUAAGACCAUUUAGAUCCUAGAGAGUCAGUGCUAGUUAGCUGUGAUAUGAGCACUGUAGAUUCCCCUGUUGUCACUAAUCACACAAAUGACAAUUUUGAGAAGUAGGCCAGAAAAUAAAACUAAAGGCUAUUGUUUUCUAUGUUUAAAUAAACCAAAAAAAAAAAACUGAAAAGAUGUGAAUUUUUCUCCCAGUUAUGUGGGAAAGGCAAAGCAACACCAAACAAAAGCCCACUGCAGCUUCAUCUUUAGGCUAAUUCAGUGAAUAUAUGAAAGAGAAUGACGUGCUAACUGAAAUACCUCAUUGAAUGUUACACCACUGCUGGUGGAAUGCAGAAGACAGUGUUAACGUGUUUGAUUUGGUAACGGUUAUUGUAAGACGCAAUUUUUUUAAAAAUCUGAGCAAUUCGUUAUAUAUCUUACAGUGACAGUGAGUAGGUGAAGCCAGUCUGAAUUGAGAGGUGUGGCCGAUGAUAGGAAGCCAGAUAGAAGCUUAGAGAUGCUUCUGUUUGAGGCCCUGCAAGCACUACUGGGCUACAAGAUGAAAUUGUUCAUUUGAGAGGCUAGUCGGCCAUCUAGGGGGUAAGGUGCUCACUGUUGAGUGGCCUGCAUACCCCUGGCCAGUAGACCUUUUCCUCAUGGCUAAGCAAGCCACAGGUAGAGUGGCCAGUUCUCCUAUCAAAACAAAAAAGAAAGAAAGAAAGAAAGAAAGAAAGAAAAGAAAUGUGCACACACAUAUGUAAUUGUGGUUUAGGGCCACUUUUGCCAUCACUGUGUUCCAAAGGAACUUGAUGCAGUUUAAUACACUGUACACGUUAAACAAACGAUUCUGUAAGACGCUUUACUUUUCAAGCGCGGUCACUUCAGCUGUCUCUAGAGUGACAAAUACCAAUAGAGGUGUGAGUCAAUUUUUGAAAAUCGAUUUGUGAGUUGUAAAUAGAUGUGUAUUUGAUCUGCCCUGUCCCUCUCUGAAUCUUUAUCAACAUGUCCUCUGUCUUCUGUUGGCAAAAUAUGUUUGUUUGAGAGCAUUGAUAGUGUUUUCCUUAUCAGUAACUGGAGUUCUCCUGCUUGCACUUGGGGCUGUAAAGAGAGAAUCAGUGUUUUUAUAUGGGAAUCAGGGAAGCAGCAAUACGCCACUCACUGUACAGAACUGAAUUAAAACUCCUGGUUUGUAUUUGCUUUUCAAAGUGAGAUCAAAGGGUGUUUAGAGAAUAUACAUUUUGUCAAGGGGAAAGAAAAUUAAACUGUGCCAGUUUUAUGCAAGUAGCUUGUAGACUCUCAGCACUUCUUGGGCUCAGCUGAUCUGCCUAGAUUCACACAACAGAGAGGGUUGAAAACUCCCUGCUGGAUCCUGGUCUCAACAAGUCACAGGGACGGAGCAUCUGCUUGGUCACUGGCAGGUGCAGUGACCACGGACGUGACCGCCCCGGCAGUGCACUCUUAACUUCAGAAACUAUUAUUGGUAUUAAAAUAUACAGAUAUUGUGGAGAAACCUAUAUGCCAGUGGAAGGUAAAGAGAAAUUACAGCAUGAAAAAUGAUGUUUUGGGUGGGCACACAAGUUGAGAAUCUAAAUAGUAGAUCUUUUUAAAUAGAUAGCUAUGAGUUCAGAUCUGUCAUAUUAAGAAGUUUUUAAUAUUACAGCCAACCCUUAACUUUCUGCAGUAAAAGAACUAGAGAUUACUGGAUAAUUAAUCCAAGAAUAAGUCCUAGUAAGCCAAAAAUCGAAUUGUAUUUAGGAAUCUUGUGUUUUUAUUCUCAUCAAAUUUUUUUUCUUCUAAGGAUGCUUAUUAAUUUUUUAAAAAUGAUUUGAGCUGUUUAUUAAUUUUUCUUGCCUAUAUAUUUAUGACUGUUAAUGAGUAGUGAAAAGAUUUGGGAAGACAGCUUCAGGGAGAGGAAACACAAAAGCCUAAAUAAUCCAUGGGCUGGAAAAGGGAUCCAUGAAUAAUCGAGACAGUGGUAUUGUAUUUUUUCUCAAGCCUUUUUGUGAAAAUGAAAUAUUAAGUCACCAAAUGCAAACCUCAGAACGUCACUGUCACGUUAACGUCGUUUGGAUCAACGUUAAGAAUGCCUCUUUGUUCUUCACUCAUGUCACCUGCUUCUUGUAGGUUUGUCUUAGCAACGUUUUUUUUGACAAUCACUUCCCUACAGACUGUUCUGAACUAGUGGGACCUGGUUAUAAUCACAGGAAGUAGACUUUAAUCAUGAAUCAUCUUGUUGGAUUCUUUUUAUAUUUAAGAAGAUGUUGUUUGCAUUACUGAAUAGGAAGAGUUAGUUAUUUUCUUAAUUAUGCAGGACCCCACUCCAGAGUUACCACUAUGCACAUGUCAGCUCUGGUCCACAGAGGGUGGAUAAAAAUGAUGAGUCCUACUUUUUUGCAAUGUAGUGCUGUGCAUUUUACGUCUGUUAACACGAAAGGCAAAGGCAAAGCUGCCCUGGGCAGCAAAUCUACUGGUUCAUUUUAUGAGGCCAUAGAGACUAAUAUGUUUGGGACCAAAACCACCUAAGUUAGACAUUUCUAGGUCACAGAGGGGCUGGUUGUUCUCUGGAAAAGUCACUGGUUGGUGCUUUAUUGUAAUCAUUUUUGCAUUGAUCCCCAACAAUUAGGAACUGGACCCUGGGAAUAAGCUGAGGGUGCUGAACUAUUGGGGGAGGGUGACUGUAGACAUACGAAAGAUAAAAUAAGGGUUUUUCUGCAAAAUUUCCAUUUGAGGAUUUUUACAUUUAAUAUUUUUUUAAAACAGUUAAAAGAGCAAAAAAAAUUUUUAAGUGUAAUCUAGUUGCAAGGUAUACACACAUAUUUUGAAUGGCUUUAUUUUUAUUGUGUAAAACUGUUGAACACAUGACUGUGAUGCACAAAUUCUUUACAUGUAAAGAGUCUAUGCAUUUUACAGUGACUUACUUCAUGACUGAGUAAUGAAACAGUUAUACAUGGACCUGCCAUUGUUGUAUUAAGUGCUUUCGUUUUCUUUACAGUUAUUACAAAGUUGUAUUUAUUUUAUACAGGUGGAUUUUAGUUUUCCUGAUGCCAUAAUGUUUACUUCAGCUUGUUGACCUGUCUCUUUCUUUGUGUAUCUGCAUGUAAUAAUGUAUAAUAAGAAUGAAUGUAAAGGCUGUGGCAACUGUAAUUAAAUUUUGUAAAGGGCUGGUCACAUGUGGAUCUGGUUUGUGAAUGCAUUUGGGAUUAUUAUAGUAACCAGAUCACCUUUUCAGAAAUAUAGAUGUGAACGCCAGAAGAAGCAUUUUCUCGACAAAAAUGAAUAGCUGGUUCUAUUUUUUUUAACCUAGAAAAAAAUAAAGUUGAUUUUUUUUCAAGUAAA